CUCUCUUUCUUCUUUUUUUUUUUUUUUGGUGUAAUUGAAAAUAAUGGCAGAGAAACGUCAAACAAAGGCUAUGCAAGAAAGGCAUGAACGUAUUCUCAACGAACUUCUCAAGAUACCCGGAAAUGAAUAUUGUGCAGAUUGCAGGUCUAGAAAUCCUCGAUGGGCUUCUUAUUCUCUUGGUGUAUUUCUCUGUGUUCGAUGUGCUGGUAUACAUAGAAAGAUGGGUACUCAUAUUUCAAGAAUCAAGUCUCUUUCUAUGGAUCAAUGGACACCUGAACAAAUAGAGGCUAUUAAGAAUAGUGGUGGAAAUAUCAAAGUGAAUAAUAUUGUCAAUCCUAAUCCUACAAAAUAUCCUUUACCAUUAGCUGAUGACGAAGGACAUGCUAUGGAAAAGUAUAUUCGAAACAAAUGGGAAAAAAGAGCUUUUAUGGAAAACCCAACUAUGACUUCUUCUUUAGCUUUAACAAAUGGUAUUCAACAACAACAGAAACAUCGAAAUGUUCCAAUUCGAUCAUCAUCUGUACCAGUGAUUUCCAAGGAAAAUGAUGGAAUGGCUUUGAUUAAACUACAUGAAAUGGGAUUCAAGGAUGAUUACAAGAAUCAAGCCGUUUUACGCCAAACUCAAGGGAAUCUAAAUGCAGCCAUCGAAAUUCUAUCUCGUUAUAAUACAAAUCACCAACAAAGAGAUACUCAAGAUAAUUUAACGGAUGAUCAAAAAUUGGUACAAUUACGAAACAUGGGUUAUACGGAUAUGAUUGCCAACCGUGACGCUUUACGUCGUACUGGUGGAAAUGUGGAUGUCGCUGUCACUUUAUUGAAAGGUAAUCAGGCUAGUAACACACCUGUCACCAAUGCUUCUAUUUUUGGUAAUUCAUCUUCUUCUAAUUCGAUGAAUCAACAAAGUAUGAUGACGGGGGGUAAUGUACAACAACAACAACAACAGCAACAAUUAUUAGAUCUAAGUGAUACACCUCCUAUUCAAAAUUAUACGACGAACAAUUCAGCAAUCCAAUUCCAACAGCAUCAGCAGACAUCUUUUUUACCACCACCACAACAACAACCUAUUCAGCAACAAAUGUUUCAACAACAGCCUUUGCAACAGCAGCCUUUACAACAACUGUACACUUCUCAACCACAGCAACAAUUCAUCAUGCAACCACAACAACAAGGACAGCAACAAGUAGCAAGCCCAUUCUCAAUAUCAAAUGCUAUGGAUCCUUUUGGCCAAAAUACUGCAGCAGUUCCUGCCAAAUCGACUUCACUGCAGACAACUCAAACAUCUGGAUUCUACCCCUCAAACAUGAAUGGAUCUGGUAAUUUGAACAACAGUAAUCUCAUACCCCAAGUAACUGGAAUGCCUUUUCAACAAUCACACGGCCUACAAACAUCAUCCAAUCCAUUCUCUAAUACUAGCCAAAUCAUGAUUCCUCAUCAACAACAGAUUCAACAGACAACAGAUAUGAUAGCGUCUACUCCGUUUAUGACAAGUUUCUCACAUCAGCAGCCACAGCCACAAUCACAACCACAACAAUCUCAAUCACAACAACAACUACAGCAAUUACAACAACAACAACAACAACAACAAUACCAACAAAUGCAACCUCAAGCCUUCAAUCGGUUUCCCAACUUUCAACAAAAUCAACAGAUUACUAGAAGUAGUUUUUUUUAGAAAGUUAAUAAAGAAACUUUUUG